AAUGUUAAUGUUCUUAUGACGUGUAAAACAGCAGCACGAAACUUUUUUUUUUCUUUUUCGCUGUUUGACACUUUACGUCACGAUGACAAAAGCCAAGACGAACUCCAUUCACUAUUCCUCCUUCUUAAAUGUCCCCGUGAGCCUCCAGAAAUAACGCAAUACUUAACGUAUGUAAAGUGUGUGAUUUACGCAGCAAUCACAGUAGUUGUCAGUUCGGCGUUGGAUAUUUUGCCGAAGAGUAAUUAUCCAGGUAACCAGGAGCGAGGUUGGAACGACCCUCCUCAAUUCUCCUAUGGCCUCCAGAAGGCUGGCACACCUCAGAGGAACCUGUUGAAUAAGAGAGCAGCUCCACCUGUCUCAGGUUCUGGAGCUCCACCCUCUAUGUCUCCAUCCUCCAACCCUCUGGCCCCACCCCCAUGUGGUGUGGCCACACCCCCUCCACUUCCAGCUCGUCCUCCUCUUGGCUGCAUGGCCACGCCCCCUCCUUCAGGACCAAUGAGAAGCCAGAAACGGGCAGACAGCAGCCAAUCAGAGAGCGAGCCUGAUGUGGAGUUUGUGAUGUCGGUGUUGAAGCGAGCGUUGGCGUCCUGCAGACAGACUGUUAAAGAUCAGGUGUGCAAUGACAUGGAAAAGAGGCUCCGCCUCCUGCAGGACAGCUGGAGGACAGGUAGACUGAGUCUACCAGUGAGGAGACGCAUGUACACCCUGACUCAAGAGCUGAAGCUGCGUCACUGGGAUGUGGCUUAUGAGAUCCAUCUCUCCCUGAUGAUCGAUCAUGUGACUGAGGUAGGUCAGUGGAUGGUCGGCGUUAAACGUCUCAUCGCCGAGACACGAAAUCUGAGUCCCGAACUCCUAGAACCACUUCUUAGCCCUGAAGGACCAGACCAGAAAUCAGCAGCACCAGUUCAGGACCCUGUAGGAUACGAGCAGGACUCGGCAGAACCAGGUCAGGGCCCUCCAGAAGCCGCACAGGACCUUGAAGGAUCCAACCAGGACCCUAAAGGACCGGACCAGGAUUCGGCAGUCCAGAACCCAGUGUCUCAUUCUUGACUCACCAGCAGGUUUACUUCUUGUGAGUGUUUUUAUUCCAAUCUUGGACCUGGUUGUCAUAAAUCCUUUCAUCCACACAGAAAGUCCAACAUCAAACACUGUAUCUGGACUCUGGACUCUGGACUCUAAUCCCUGAACUCUGAGCUUCAGACCCUGGACUUAAUGGUUGCAGUGGACUGACCUCUGGACCCCCCGUGACUCUGACGUCAGUGUUUCCCACAAAAUUAUGAGCGACACUACAGAUCUCUAUUGUUACUGAUUUGCUGAUUUACUGAUUGACGCGUGGACAAAAUUACAAUAAAACAUUUGUGAGAGAAGACUAACAUAAAUAAAGAACUACGAUGAAAACAAGAACAUGUCUGACACAUGAAGGGCGGGGCAGAGAUGGUGACUGUAACAAUAGCUGCACAGCCAGUUAUUUUACUAAUCUAUAGAGGUAUCUGCACCAUAUAGAUAUAAACAUCAUUCAAAUGUACUGCUAAGUUCGGGCGUUGUUUGAGUUUGUCACAGAACAUACACCUGAACCCGUUUCCGGUGACAAAAACUGUGAUGUUAGCUCACCCACACCAAAGUCCAUAGAGGAAAUCAUUGCUUUUCCAUCACAGGGACACAGAAGCUGCUGGUCUACUGCUGCCCUCCUGUGGUCACGUUGUGUCACUGAGGUAAAUCUGAACAGAGGAUUUCAAACACCAAAGUCAUGAAAGAAUACAUUUGAACUUAGUGAUGGAGGCAGCAGUGGAUCAACAACUCCUCUGUCCCCACGAGCGAAAAUCACUGUUUUUCUCUAUGGGGCUGGUGUGGAAGAGUGAGUGGUUUACAAACAUCAGUUUCCUGUUGGAAAAGUCGGUCUAAUGUGAGAUAACGACGUGGACAUGUUCUUAAGAUGUUGUAGGGUUUAGUCGGUGGGUCGUUUGUUGAAAGCACAUCGAGACAGUGAAGUUUGAAAUGAAAGACUGCAGUCCUCUCUCUCCUUAUUAUGCAUCCAUAACCAUAUAAAAUAUGAUCCUAUACAAGCAUAUAAAUAUACAUACAAAACACAAACAGAGUCUGAAGUGUUUCCCAGACGUUUACAGCUUCCAUCAGAGUUCUGUCCGAACUUUGCUGACCAAUCAGCUCUACAACAAGACCCCCCCCCCACCUACCGCCCCCCGCCGCCGCCGCCAUCCUCCUGGGAGAAGGAGGAAGAGACAGCAGCUGGCAAAGAGGAAACCAAGCAGAAAAGAUGACUGACAGUAAGAAAGAAGCUGGUCUCCACUGGGGCAAACAAACCCAAAUAUAGACCCAAGGAAAGAGGAGGGAUGUCCAUCCGUCCCGUUCUUCUGGCUGCAGAGUCUGAAGUGAGCAACCACGGGAGAAACAAGCCAAACGGAGAGUGUUUCCAUCAUAGUAUGGCUUGGUUUUGGAACGACAGACAUCCAGCAGCUCUUUUCUCGUUUCCUGCUCGGUUUGUUAGCUUUUUUUCUGUCACCCAAUCAGCUGACUGUUGCGGGCGGAGCCAGACCGUAGCGUAAAAUGGCACGGUGCCAACUCAAUUCAAAACCUCACCUUUUUUAUUUUCUUUCUUUAGUCGUACACACCUUUAGGCUUUUUGCACAUGCUCAACAUCUCCUUCACAGCUUUCCAGCACCACCCACAGGCCCGGCAGACGUACUGCGGUAUCUCGGAGGGGUUCUGUGUGGUUGGAGACGCUUGUUUGCCGCGUCGAUGAAGAGCGACAGAAAGGAGGCGUGGCUAAGGCCUACGAUGGCGUCAUCAGUGAACACACUCUGCUGCUGCUCUUACUGCUAAUUGCAUUUCUGUCUUAUUUCGUUAUUUGUUUCAAUAAAUCAGUCGUACACACA